AAGACAGUGUUAUACCGCUGGCAUAAAUCUGUCUCGUUCUAACUGAAACUUAAGUCUAAGCAAAGUCAAAGUACGCUCCAUAAAUUUCAACCUAAAUCGAGUUGCUAUCCAUUUCAUAUUUGUUUUCUGUGGAAAAGGAUAAUGAAAUGGAUAGCAAUAUAGAGUUUGUGUAAAACAAAAAGCUAAAUUAUUGUACUAAACUUCUUGUACUGUACUAUAAAGUGUUGUUACUUGUCAACAUAAUAAUAAUUUGUUUAUAUAAUAUGUACUUAGUUUAGUCAUACUGAUAUCGUUUUAUUUAUAUACGCUGUUUACUGAAGCUGAGCGUGAUUAUUUAACUUUUUUUUUAAAAUUCGAUACUCUUCAUAUUAGACUUGGUGUGUCAAUAUAACUGUUUUAAAUUGAACACUGAUAGCUCUUUUUGGUUCCAAGUAAAAGAUAAGUCAAUAAACAUACUCAAUCCGAUAGUAGUAAUUCUAUAACGGCGAAUAGAAAUAACAUUAUUCUAUUUUUCAUUAAAAAAAUCUAUAUUCUUUUUGAUGUUGUCCGGAUUGAAAUCUUUUAAUUUCUGCUAUGGAAACCAGAAAUAUAUUAUAUCAGUAACACACAGGAUUAUUGCAUCGAAUUAUGCUGAGCAAUCAGAUAGACAUAAUUACCUACGGUAAAAUUAAGUAGGUACUUAUAUUUUGAAAAUUACAUAUCAAAUAGGUACCACGUUUAUCCCUCGUUAAUCCAGAGAUACACAACCUAAUUAUUUUGCACUCUCGGUUUUCAUUAGACAGACUUCCUACUGUAUAUCUCAAAACAUUUUCUUUACAUCUAAAUCAAAUGCUGUCUAAUAACGUGUUCUUAUGUAUCAAAACACAUGUCUACAAAAAGAAAAUUCAUUGAUUUACUGAACCGAUUCUGAUAAAACAUUUUUACUGUUGUCAUUGGAACUUUUUGAAACUUUUUUCGGAAGAGCCAUUAGUUUUUUACCAUCAUCACUGAACCUGAGUUUUAAAUCUUGUUCUAGUUAGCCAUUAGUUUUAGAACAGAACCAGGCGUAAUGUAUAAACAAUUCUUGUCGAAUUUAUAAUUUAGUUUAAUACUUACUGAAUAAGUUCAUAUUUUUUGUAUUCCACGUUACGUCAACUGUUUUAAAAUGUGGUAUAGUUGACAGUUCAUAUUUUUUUCUAAAUAUAAAUGUCUGAUCCAGAAGAAUUUGAAGGUGAAAUAGAAUUCUUAGAUGAAGAUGCAGAUAUUGUCCAACAAUGCGUGCUAAAUGUUGAGAAUAAGUUACUCAAAGCUGAGCCAGGCUCGCAAGAUUCAGGGGCAGGCAGCACUCGGAUGUUAUAUGAACUGCUCGUCGACAGUACUGAUGAGAAACAAGAGAAGUUGAGAAGGAAACGUAAAAAUGACGACGAUAGCGAUUACGAUCCGAAGGAGGAUUUACUUAGUAUGCCUAAUAGGAAAAGGAAACGACGACCAGCUGUGCCCCAAAAUGUACAGCGCGAGCGACUAGUGGAGUUUGUUCCCAAGCCUCAGAUUAAGAAGGAUCCCUUUGACUACAAAAUGGAUUUGGGAACCCGCAGAAAACUGCAAUUAAAAGUACCCGAUUAUGACGAUCCUCUGUGUUUGCCCGUUCGAGCACUAAGAAAAGACUCUGUAGAGCUACAGAAACUUAAAAAUUGGAAUAAUUUGUGUUUGGAACAUUUCAAGAACUACGACAGUCUGUUAAGGGUUGAUAAGUUACAACCAACAGUUGCAUCUAAAAGGAUUUUAGUUUUUAAAAAUUUACACAACAAAACGAGUGGCAAAAUAGAAACAACAAUGUCUGCCAAACUUAGCAUUGAAAAUAAAAAUGGUGAGAAAAGAACAGAAGUAACUCAAUCUGUCCUCCCUAAAUACAGAGAGAAAAAGCUCCUUAAUAUCAGAAUAACAAAGCCAAAGAAGCGUCGAGUAUUCUAUAGAAGAGAUGAGGUGAUAUUAACAAAAGAGGUGGACAAAGGCAAUGAAUCACUUGUUGUGUACAAACCAUCUGAGUCUUUGUCAUUGGUCUACAAAAUGUUUGAUGACAAAGGCGAUGAAGGGGAGUCAGUAAACGAAGACGAGGACAGGAGGUAUCUGAAGGAAGUGGCGAGCUGUAAGAUGUGCGCGCCUUGCUACCAGACCUCAUGGAGAGCUUUUAAGACCACUAAUAACAAGAAGAUCCUGUGCUCGAUCUGCAAGCGUCCCUGCAUCUCGCUGUACAAUAUGCUCGCUCACAUGAAAAGCCACCCUUAUGCGGCCGUUCGAGCUUGCAAGAAAGAGAUCGCGCAGUGUUUAGCCUCCGCAGUGGAGUAUCACUACAAGUGCAAAAUUUGCGAUGAAAAGUUCCUCAGCAUCAUGGCUUUGCGAUCGCACGUUAAAACACAUAAGGGUACUGAUUCGUUCAGGUGUGAAGUUUGCGACCGAAAUAUUACCAGCUAAUAAAUAAUAAAGAUUUGUAUG